GCAAAAAGGCAGGAACUCCUCGAGAAGGUCAACACAGUUUUUUCUAUUCUUUUAAAAGUUUAUACAGAUCAUGUCUGAUUUUAGUAUAUAGUAUUGCAUCAGGGAUUUUUUUCUCAUCCUGUUUUUUGUGUUUGUUUGUAAUAAUUCGUUUUUUCCUUUUUUUUCUGGUAAAGAUUAAAAAAAAUGGCAAAACUAAAACAACGCUCUGGAAAGCAAAAAGUGCUUAAACAGAAGAAAAAAUUCGGAGAAAGACUAGUCAUAGGUAAAAGUAAAGUGGCAAUGAAGAAACAAUUAAAAAAGAAAGAAGAUCAAUCUCAUGAAAGCGAUUUUGAAAUCACGGUUGAAAAUGCAAACAGUAAGAUUCAAAUUGAGGCUUUCGAUGAAAAAAGUGCAGGCCAUGAACUGAAUACAAGAGAGAUGGUAAAAAAACAAAAUAAAAAGCAACAAAAAUCUGGUGGUUUUCAAGCAAUGGGCUUGUCACACCAAAUUUUCAAAGGUGUUAUUCGUAAGGGCUAUAAAGUACCAACACCCAUUCAACGAAAGACAGUCCCUCUCAUAAUGGAUGGGAAAGAUGUGGUUGCUAUGGCAAGAACAGGUUCUGGCAAAACCGCUGCAUUUCUGGUCCCAAUGUUUGAAAAACUGCAAGCUCAUUCGACGAAGGGUGCUCGAGCAUUGAUUCUAUCUCCCACUCGUGAACUUGCCAUACAAACAAUGAAAUUCACAAAAGAUCUUGGAAAAUACACGGAUCUAAAGUUUACUCUGAUACUUGGCGGUGACAGGGUUGUGUGAGCACUGAGAGUGGAUUUAAGCUAUCCAUUUUGUUAAAAAAAUGGCCAAGGUAGCUCAAGUUCAAUACAAUACUGUAAGUAGGAAUUUAAAUUUUGUUGUUGGACUAUGUGUUCAGCAUUUCUAAUUCUUGCCACUUAGUGAAAGCUCUUUAGGAAACUGCUGUGUGUCACCUGAACAUUUUAAUUCUGUGAUUUCAUUUUUCUUGGUAACUUUCUCUUUCACCAGGCAACACAGAAUAGCUAUAUAUGACAUGAUAUCCGGAGCUUUACAUCUAGGAUACAAAACUUUUUGGUGGCCACUAAUCAACAGGAUUGAAUUUUCAGUUUUGCAUGACUUAAUUGAAAACAUGUUAGUAGUGUUUUAUUCUACGAGGGUGCCGAUAAGCCGCAUACGCCGUAAAAAGUGCGGGCGUUUUCCGGCUAGUUCGGCGUUUUGUAAGAAAUUCGGUAUUCGCCCGAAAAAACCCGCAUAGGCCCGAACAAUGCCCGAAAAACAAAAGGAAACAGACACUGAUAUGAUUCAUAAAAACUAUAAAAAUUAAAAUAAACUUACUAUGUGGUAGCGAAGUUCUUAAAAGAACUGUUUUUGAUGGUUCUUAUCGGCACCCUCUUUUUAUUCUACAGACCAAGUAAUUAUAUACCCUUCUUUGCCUCUGAUUUUUUUAACAUGAACUCAGGUAUAUAUAUAUAUAUAUAUAUACUUUAAAUUUAAUCAGAAAUUAAAUGCUUAUAUAUUAUUCAUGCUUAGUAAGUGAGUGCGAGUGAGUGCAAACCAUCCCGUAAGAUUCACAUUCAAAUGAGGCUAUUAUAUAGCUAUUAGAUUCAAAUGUACGACUUUCUAAUCUUGUGCAAAGUGAUAAACAUGUCACAACUAUACAUUCAAAACGAAAAGUAAAUUUAUUUUUUUCUUAAUUGGGUGUAAAAUUAUUUCUGUUAAGUGAAAUAAGUACUUUUAUAUGCCAGUAUAUUUACAAAUGUACAUGCUUCGAAUAUGAAAACUUGCUACCCAUGUUGUUGUUUUCCAAUUAUCUCAUGCUUUAUGUUGAGCAUUGACACCUUUGUGCUGUGGGGUGAUGGUAGCAGUUUUAAAAAUGGGUGGAAUUUUGCUUGUUUCAAGGCACAUUUUCCAGAUUGUUGUGUGUGAAGUUGUAAUUGUUGACUCGCAUUUGGGAUGAAAAUUUCAACAUAUUAGUUUUAAGUAUUUAAGGAUAUGUAAAGGAAAUCUCUAUAUAUGUGUCCACCUUGAUUUUUAAUAUUUAUAUUUUUGAUAUGUCCACUUUAGGAUGAUAUUUUCAAUACAUAAGUUUUAAGUAUUCAAGAGCAUAUAAACGAAAUAUUUAUGCAUAUAUAUGUUCACUUUGAGUUUUACAAUGAUAAUUUCGACAUAACAGUUCUAAAAUUUUUAGGGAUAUGUAAGAGAAAUGUCUGCGUGUCCACUGACUCAACUUUUACAAUGUGUGCACUUUAUGAUGUUUAUCAUUACUUAUGUUACUUAUGUUAACUUUUGAAGUUGUGGACGACGGACGUCAGUCACUUUUUUCUUUGUUGUUUUGUUUGCUCCAUUCGUAGACUAAGUUUAGGUCUGCUUGCACAUUUUCAAUGUCACUUUCAGAGCUAACCUUCAUUGUAAGUCUUGUAUCAUCUGCAAAGCUUGAGAGAGAUGCGUCCUUUACAGAAAGAUCAGGAAGAUGAGCGGUCCAAGCGCACUUCCUUGUGGUACGCCAGAGAUGACUUUUGUGGUGUGUGAGUGGUGACCGUUUACUGAGACGUACCCUUAUUUUGACUUUCCCAAAUUGAACUAGUUGAAUGCUUUUAUUUAUGUAUUUUAUUGAAGACAUUUUUAAUAAAAAAAAGAUUUAUUUUGUUACUUUUAGGAUAAAACUUUAUUAGGAUGUAUAUUUGACUAAAAGAAAGAAACUUGAUUGUAUUUUUUUGAAACUGUGGUGAUUUGGUAACUGUAAGUGGUCUAAAAAAUUGCAUCUUGACACGUGGAGGACGGGGAUUUUCUUAAAACUUUCCUAAGAUUUUAAGGUUGUUGAGGCUCAUUUUCUUAUCAAAAAAGACAUGUAAUAUCAAAAGAGAUGCCUAUGUAUAUGGUCAUUUUAAGUUUUACGAGUUAUGACUUUGACAUAUCUACUUUAAUAUAUAGUUUUGGCAUAUAAAUUUAACUUUCUUUAAGAAUAUCUAAAAAGAAAUAUGAAUGUCCACUUUGAGUUUUAAAAUUUAUGUUUUUGAUAUGUCCAUGUUAGGAUGAUAAUUGGGACAUAUUA